GUCGCGUUCUGAUUGGACAGCUGUAAGUUUGUUUCAGACAUGGCCGAGACCGGAGGAGAAGGGGCGCAAGAUGGGCCAUAUUUUCGCAAAGAAAGAAUAAAAUACAGUCCCGAAGAGGAGGCCAGGCUGGAAAAGCAGCAUUUCUGGAGAAUAAUCGAUGCUUUUAGGUUUUACAGGGUCCAUGUCCAGGAGCAGGUCAAGCGUGCUGAGCGUCAGUUUCGGAGCCUUCCGCAGCGCCACCAGAAUUUGCUGCCAAAUGUUUUGUCCAACCUGGCCCGGAUCAGCCAGUGUGCAGACCACAACCAGGAGGUGCUGCAGGCCAUCAUCCACAACAGUCUCCACAUGUUUGAGAACAUCGGGUACGGCGAGAGGGAGGAUCCGAGGAAGGAUCGCCCCUCCUCUACGUUUGACAUGGACAAGCUUAAAUCCACCAUAAAGCAGUUUGUCAGAGACUGGAGUGAGGCUGGCCAGGCUGAGAGGGACUCCUGCUACCAGCCCAUCAUCCAAGAGAUCCAAAGACUCUUCCCAAGUGACCAAUAUGAUGUGUCUAAGGUGAGCGUGCUGGUUCCGGGUGCUGGGCUUGGCCGUCUAGCCUGGGAGAUAGCUCGGCUGGGUUAUAUAUGCCAGGGCAACGAAUGGAGCCUCUUCAUGCUCUUCUCCUCAAACUUUGUUCUCAAUAGGUGUGAAAAGGUGAACGCUCUGACCCUGUACCCUUGGAUCCACCACUUCAGCAACAACAAGAAAUCCUCCGACCAAACACGACCAAUCAGAUUCCCUGAUGUCAACCCUCAGAGCUUACCAAUAACUUCAGACUUCUCCAUGGUAGCAGGGGACUUUGUGGAGGUCUACACUGACACAGAGUCCUGGGACUGUGUGACUACCUGCUUCUUUAUUGACACAGCUCAUAAUGUCAUAGAGUAUGUGGAGACCAUCUGGAAGAUUCUGAAGCCUGGUGGAGUGUGGAUCAACCUGGGUCCACUGCUGUAUCACUUUGAGAACAUGGCCAAUGAACUCUCAGUCGAACUUAGCUAUGAAGACAUUAGGACAGCAAUGGUUAAAGCUGGCUUCCACAUCGAGGUUGAGAAAGAGUCGAUGCAGACCACGUACACAGAGAACGACCGCUCUAUGUUGAGAUACAUUUACGACUGUGUCUUCUUUGUGGCACGAAAACCUGUAGACCUGUACUUUGACUGUCAAGAAGACGACCAACAACUGAGUUCUCCACCGGCUGCAAAGUCACCACGGCGAGAGGGCACCGACAGCCUGACGUGACAAGAAAUCCUUUGAAAAACACAGGGAACUUAGAGGAGCACAACCAUUGACUAAGAAAAAAUUAGACUGACAAAAUGAAAAAGAAAAUGGAAACAGAAGAAAAAAAUCAGUGGACAUAAAUUUUCUUUUUUGUCAUAUAUAUUUUUUUAUGGUGCAUCUCAUGGAGAAAUGUGCCCAACUCCGCAGGUAGUGUGAAAUAUUACAGUACUAUGUUAUCUGACAAAUGUCUAAAUAACAUACAUUUCUUCUUCCUUAGGUCUGAGAUGAAUCAGUCACCAUUGGCUGCUAUUUCAUUUUAGUGGUUUGUGUGUCAGCUACAAGCCAUGAAGAGUAUAUUUAACUUUCAACUAUUAUGACCUGCAGUCUUACUCCAUUUACUUCCACUGCCUGAGAGUGUGUGUGUGUGUGUGUGUGUGUGUGUGUGUGUGUGUGUGUGUGUGAGAGAGAGAUUGUGUGUGUGUGUUAACAGAGAACGUGAUGUUAACAUUUUCUUUUGAAAUCUAUUUAUUUUUCAAAUAUGGUGCCAAUAACUACAUCCACUCACUCUGCAUUGAUCACCAGUCACCUCUGAAAAUGUAAUCAAAAUAUGUUUCAGCUUUUCAAGAAUAAGUUGUUUUAAAGGUGGAGAUGAUUUUCAUUUACUUUUCUGGUUUCUAAUCAAACUUUGGAAUAAAGCCAAACA